AUGACGACGCUCCCCUCCGCCAAAGCCCUCUGGAGCAGCAUCGUCUCAACCCACAACCCCAUCGCCAUCGACCUCGCCGGCACGCUCCUCAUCCAGCUCCUCUUCUGGUGGCUCCCCUGCACCCUCUUCCUCUCCCUCGACACCCUCCUCCCGCGCUUCUCCGCGCUCCACAAGCUCCAACCCGCCCCCAAACAGCCCACGACCGCCGACAUCCUCCACUCCAUACGCAUCUGCCUCCGCAACCAGCUCCUCGUCCUCGUCCUCCACUCCCUCCUCCUCCUCUGCACAUCCUCCUCCUCCUCCUCCCGGGCCCCAGCCAUCCGCAUCGACCCCGACUUUCCCUCUGGCAGAGAAUUCUCAACACACAUCCUCAUCAGCAUCCUCCUCCGCGAACUCCUCUUCUACACAGCCCACCGCAUCCUCCACCAUCCCCCUUUAUACCGCCGCUUCCACAAGACGCACCACCGCUUCACCGCCCCCGUCGCAUUCGCCUCGCAGUACGCCCAUCCCGUCGAGCACAUUGCCGCAAACGUCCUGCCCAUCUUGAUCCCGCCGAUGCUCCUCGGCGCGCACAUCUUGACCAUGUGGGCGUUUUUGGCCAUGCAGCUUGUAGAGACUUCGACGGUGCAUAGCGGGUACGACUUCUUUGGCGGGGCCGCGAGGAAGCAUGAUCGCCACCAUGAGCGGUUUGAUGUGUAUUUUGGAGGGAUUGGGCUGCUGGAUUGGGCGCUGGGGACGGAUGAGAGGGACGGUGAGGAGAGGCGGAAGAGGGAAUGA